UGAGCAGUAGGGAGAGCUGGAUAAAGAAGCGUCUUUUCCCCAAAACAUCUUUAAACGUCUUCAUGAAGGUACCUUGAAUGAUGCUGGAAAGCACAGUUUUGAACAACAGACAGCAUGUUGGCCUGCAGCAGCUGUCAGCACUGGCAGAGCUCUCCCGGUCCUCGCUGGGUCCCUGCAAGAGCUUCAAGUUCGUCCAGGAUGACUCGACCGGGGAGUCGGCUCUUGUGUGUUCCUGUUAUCGGAUCCUGGAAACCCUGGAGCUCAGCUGCCCGGCGGCCCAGCUGGUCUGUGAGACUCUCCAAGCCCACCAGAAGGUCUUCCACUCCGGCUCGGGAUGCCUGCUGUUUCUGAUGGGAGCGUGGAGUCGCGCCGCUCUGCGCUGCCUGCAGGACGGGAUUCCAGUCACACACAUCGUCUCCACCAUGUCUGAGGGGAUGGACGUGUGCACAGACGUCUGCAGGAGCAGCACAGUUUCCAUAGAGGCUGUUUGUCAGGUUUCCUCUGGAGCAGCUGAGGAUUCAGGACUGGCUCCACAGGCUGACGGGACCGCCCUGGACAUGAGAGCACGAAGGAAAGUGAAGCUCAGCAGACAUUUCAGUGAAACUAACUCUGGAAGCGUCUCCAGAGUAACACAAGCUGUCGAGCCGAGGCUUCCGGAGCUCGGCCUCGUUGCUCAGGGCUUGAGCCACGGCUGCGGCGACUCGAUGAGACUCGCCCUUCAAGCCGUCCAGAUGCAGUCAGAGGCUAAACGGGCAGACGUGAGCCGCCCGGGGUUUGACGUGACUAAAUUCUUGACGUGUCUCCUUCCUGGCGUGCCGGAGGAGCACGCCUGUGUGGUUGGCGGCUGCGUCGUUCUUCUGCCCGCUGGGGGAGCUCUGAUCGCUCAGCGUCUGAAGGGGAAAACCCUGCAGGUUGCUGUCGUCACCGGGGAUUUGUCACAUGACUUCCGCCACCUUGGCUUUAAUGGACCGACUGGAAUCCAGCGUGUGACGAAUCGUCUGUCCAGUUCGGGCAGAGAGGACGACUGGGUGGAGAGAGUCGGCGCUCUGCUGCUGAACCUGGGAGUGGACCUGAUUCUGAUCGGUGGGUCUGCCUGUGAGAAAAUGGUUGAUCUGUGUUGGAGACACCAGAUUCUUGUGGUGGAAAAGGUGAGGGCUGCCAUCUUGAGGACGUUUGCUAGCUUAACUGGAGCUGUUGCGGUGACGUACGCCACGCAGCUCAGCAGACGCUGCCUGGGCUCCGGGGUGAAGGUCUGGAUCUGGAGAGACCUGAGCGGCCACCAGAGGAAGCCUGCAGCAGCUGUGAACAUCUGCCCCGGCGGCGGCGGCGGCGGCCUGGUGACGGUGGUGCUGACCAGCAGCGUGCACGGCAAGCUGCCCAGCCUGGAGGAGCGCUUCUGGGCCUGUGCUUACAGGUUACACUACGCUCUGCAGGACAGAGCCCUGCUGCCCGGGGCGGGCCGGACAGAAAUGCUCUGCAUUCACCGCCUGCUGAAGCUCGGGGCGGAGGCUCGGGGCGGGGCGGGGAACUGGUACAGAGCGGCGGUGUUCCAGCUCAUGGCAGACGGCCUGAUAGACUACUUUACCACUGUCAUGGUUAACACAGGGAGAUGUUCUGCAGUCCACGCCCGGACUUUAGUGAACCAGCAGCUCCAGAACCGUGACCAGCAGACCGACUCGGCUCCAAACUUCCCCCAGCUUCUUCUGGAGGGUGAACGACAGGAAGGGAUAAGACCCGAGGAGCCGCCGGCCGGGGAGGUCUACGAUAAUCUGAGUGUGAAGCUGGAAGUGUGGAGGAAGGCGUUAGACGUUGUUUUCCUGAUCUUACAGACCGAUACAGAGAUCCUCACAGGUGGAGGCCAGCACUCCGACAGCACGGACAGCCUGCUGCUAUGAGCCUCCAGCAGCAGCAGCAGCUCCAGGGACAGGAUGGGACUGGAUGGAA